AGCAGCUGUGCCCAACCUGUGUGCUGUGAAGCCACCAUCUGUGAGCCCUCCUGUGCUGUGAGCAACUGUGCCCAACCUGUGUGCUGUGAAGCCACCAUCUGUGAGCCUUCUUGCUCAGUGAGCAGUUGCUGCCAACCUGUGUGCUGUGAGGCCCCUUCCUGCCAGCCAGUUCUCUGUGUACCCACUGCCUGCCAGUCCAUCACGUGCAAACCCAGCUGCUGCCAGUCGGUCAUCUGUGAGCCCAGCUGCUGUUCUGCUGUCUGCACUGUGCCUACUUCCUGUCAACCAGUGGUCUGUGAGCCCACUUGCGGUCAGCCAGUCUGCCCCACACCUAGCUGCUGUCCAUCUGUCUGCUCUGUGGCUAAUAGCUGCCAGGCUGUCUGCUGUGACCCCAGUCCUUGUGAGCCAUCUUGCUCAGAGUCCAGCAACUGCCAGCCAGCUUCCUGUGUGGCUCUGGUCUGUGAGCCUGUCUGUCUUCGCCCUGUUUGCUGUAUUUCAAGCCCCUGUGAGCCACCUUGUGUCUCCAGCACUUGCCAAGAGCCGUCUUGUUGCAUCUCCAGCAUCUGCCAACCCAUCUGCUCUGAGCCCAGUCCCUGUUCAGCAAGUAUCUGUGUGCCUAGUCCAUGUCAGCCUACCUGCUAUGUAGUCAAGCGCUGCCGGUCCAGCUGCCGUGAGCCUGUUUCCUGCCCACCUACCUCGUGCCAACCACUCUGCGGUCGCCCGGGGUCUUCUGCAUCUGCCAUCUGCCAACCAACUUGCUCUCGGACUUUCUAUAUACCCAGCUCCUGCAAACAGCCCUGCACCCCUUCGGUUUCUUACCGCCCAAUCUGUCGUCCAAUCUUCUCUGGACCCAUC